CAUAUCCCCCCAAUGGCCGAGUCUGCCUCUCCAUGCACCCCGUCGUCUGCCCACCGCGAGGAUGAGCAGGGCGACGGCAGCCAGCCGUCGAAGAAGCGGCGCACCGGCGGGCCGCGCGGGGUGGCCAACCUGACGGCCGACCAGCUCGCGCGGAAGCGCGCCAACGACCGCGAGGCCCAGCGCGCGAUCCGCGAGAGGACCAAGAACCAGAUUGACGCGCUGAACCGGCGCAUCAGGGAGCUGGAGAGCCAGCAGCCGUACCACGACCUGCAGCUGGUGCUGCGCGACAAGGAGGCCGUCCAGGCGGAGAAUGCCGACAUCAGGAAGCGGCUGGAGCAUGUGCUGGGCGUGCUGCAGCCCAUGGUGCGCGCCUCGGACGGGCUGAACGAGCUGGCCGCCGCCGCCGCGCGAUCCCCGCUGCCACUGCCCCCGCGACACCCACACGCCGCCGACGCGAACGGCCACGGCCACGGCCACGGCCACGGCCACGACCACACUCCCGAGCCGCCUCGCUCCUUCCCCCCGGGCCUGCACGACCUGGCCGCCACGCCGCCGCAGAAUGGAAGCCAUUCGGGCGUGCACUCGCACGUGCACUCGCCCAACACCACAGAAGGCGGCCGCCCGUGGCUGUUCCCCGGCGACGCGCCCACCAGCCACCUCCGCAGGUACUCGCCGCCCCACCUGCCGCCCGACGCGCCCUUCGACGAGCGCCUGGGCGUCGACUUCCUGCUCGAUCACGGCCAGCGCAGAGUCGUCGACCCGGACCUGCCGCCGCCGCACCAGCCGCCGCCCAGCAACGUCAGCACCAGCCAGCAGGCCCAGUACGCCCCGGCCCUGGUCCCCCACCUGACGCUGCCGCGCAACAGCCCCGCCACGUGCCCGCUCGACACCAUCAUGCUCGACUUCCUCUCGGACCGCCAGGCGCGCGCUGCAGAGGGCCACCCCAUCCGCACCCUCGUCGGGCCCCUGUACCCGCACUUCACCUCGCUCGUCUACCCGGACCGCAACGUCGAGUCGCAUCCGCUGUCCAAGCUCUUCACCGACAUCCUGCGCACCUUCCCCGACAUCUGCGGCGUGCCCGAGCAGGUCGCCAUCGUCUUCGUCAUGUUCCUGAUCAUGCGCUGGCAGAUCGAGCCCACGCAGGAAAACUACGACCGCCUGCCGCACUGGGUCACGCCACGCGCCUCGCAGCUGUUCAUCGCCCACCCUUGCUGGUUCGACCACCUGCCCUGGCCAAAGCUCCGCGACAAGAUCAUCGCAACCCAGCCCUUCAUCUCCUUCGACACCUUCUUCAUCCCCUUCACAACCUCCGUCUCGCUGAACUGGCCCUACGAGCCCCGCGACUGCCUCCUCCCCGCCUCAAAAGUCCACCCCACAGCCCUUUCCUCGUCCUCCAGCGUCCAUGCCUCCUCCCCGUACUCUGCACACGUCAACGCCCCAUCGCCUGCCGGGCCACCACUCCCCCAGUCUCGGGUCGGUACGCCUGGUGCUCCGUCGCUGGGAGUGUUGCCAAAGGAGGAGGAGCAGUGGGUCAUCAAUCCAGCCUUCGAGAGUCACCUCCGAGACUUGAACAAUUGGACCCUGGGUCCCAAUUUCCGAAACACAUUCCCAAUGUUCGCACCAUGUGUCAAGAUCAAGGAGGGGAGGUGAGUGCUUGCGUUAUAUGGGCUGUCUGCAUGUUGUCUGUCUUGGUUGAUGGAGACAACGACUUGACUUUGUCCAAAUCAUGUUUGUAAUAUUAAACUUUGUACCUGAGCUAUGGUUCGUUUCUUUUUCUGUACAUAUCAGCAAAGAUAAUCGCUGCUACAGUUUUAUGGGAUCAGGGAGCACCAGCAAUUGCUCAAUCAAUUCAAUCAGAAAUCUGUAUAUAUAAUCGCAAUCACCUCGUCCUCCAUGAUUG